AUGUCGCCAUUAACCUUGAUUCGGUCURUUGUAGAAUAUAAAAAGAUGACAGAGGAGACCAUCACAAAUAAGAAAGUUUACUCUGAAGAAAGAGAGACAUGUCUWUAUGGCGACGCGACAUAUUCUUGGGCACAACUCCAAAGAGGAAACUUUCAUGUGUCGGAAGAAUUUGCAGCUGCUGUGUGCCAACUUCCAGAGGAAUAUGACGAGGCCAARUAUAGAAAUUUUGUUAACUCGCAUGGAACGCAUGUUGUUGUAGAGGCGGACUUGGGAACAAAAACAAUAAAGGUCUUUGAGGCUACGACCGCGGAGUUUACAGAAUUUGCUUUAGAGCAGAAUAAGGCYUCCGUUUCUGUCGAAGCAGGGUAUGGAAAGUUUAGUGGUUCACUUUCAGUCGACUUCGACAGGUUAAAAAAAUCCACGAAAGCGGGCUGUGAAUUUGGAUCACAAGAGACUGAGUUUACCAUUGGCACARAAGAACGACCUGAGCCUAUAAARAUUGAAUUGAAACCACUUACUGACCUUUUUGUGAAGGARAUGUAUAAAGAAGAAAGUUUAGAGAAAGCAAAUUGUGUUUUGGAAGAAGCGACACUGRAAAMAMGGAAAGRMCAUCUAUUGACCUUCUUCUCRRAUUACCCGCAGCUCCUCSAYGUKGUGUYACCCSAAAAUCAAGAAGUUACGCUUGAUUUGAACUGGCCGAAAGGUACCUAUGGACUUCCAAGACCAGACGGAGGAUGCCCUACUGGUAGUGGUUUCACCUGGCACGAAGGAAAGUAUUUCCAGGAUAACGAGGAUACAGAGGACUGGCAAAAAGGAAGCGAGGAUAAUCACUUAGAUAUGUUGAUUGUUUAUGAUGUAAAAUGGAAAAAUUCACAGCAACGAUUCUGCGUUAAAACUCAAAAUACACCAGACAACCUUAUAUGGCCCAGAGGAUCGUAUUGCAUCAACAAGAAGGGUGAUUGCCCAAAUGGGUUUACAGAAGGGAAGGUGACAUGGAAUGACGAGAAAAAAAACAACGGCAAUGAGAAAUCAGGUGCUCUCCCUGAUGGCGACCAAUGGMAAGGASRCAACCCYGGCACCAGAGUUGAAUAUUGCUGUCGCACAGACGAUUACCCUGAAAAUGAAAUUUUUUUGCCCUAUAACAAACCCUUUUUUCUGUACAUGGCUCCAGAUAACCAUGAAUGCCAGAAGGUCUAUAAGAUGGAUGUAAAAUCAGAAUGGUUUUGUUGGAAUACCGAGGAUGAUAAUUCUAAAAACAAAAUAGAAGGAACUGUUCCCAAAGGAGUGUAUGGUGAUGAUAUUAAGCAGUUCUACUGCUAUUACACACCUAAAUCUUGAACCCGAAACACUGAAAUGUUGGCAAACAAUUAUCGCAUGAAGAUAACGGUUUAUUAUUAUAUUCCCAUGAAAAUACCGUUGUAUUAUCGGUAUUUAACAAAAUAAAUGAAAUUAAAA